AAAAUUGCGAUUCGUAUUAUUACAGGGGUCGGUCGGAUAACGAUAGUUUUUUUCGUCUUCCCGAUCCUGAGCGAAUCACUACGCCACAUCUCCAGCGCUUAGCCCGUAUUCGUUUAGCUGCCUGGGAGAAAUUUCUUACUAAAACCCAUGUUCCGCCCCCGAAGCAUUGGAGAAUUUGUAGAAAGCAUUUCGUUGCAAAUGAACCCGCCAAGCUAACGGACACUCAAAGCGAGGACUGGAUUCCAACUCUCUGUUUGCCGAACGGUGUUACAACUGCCGAAGCGCUGAAGCCGAUUUCGCCAUCAGAGCCAGCUGAAGAUUAUUCAAAAAUUGCUAACUCAGCUGCAUCGCACACAGAAUACUUAGAGGAUUCAGCGUUCACAAUCGAAACAACGGAUACCAUAGUAGAUCCUUUAAAAUUCGAUGACCAGCUAAGCCGUUUUUGCCGACUAUGCUUGCGAGAUCUGCCAGACCUGCUGCAAAUAAGGUCCACUAUUGAUGAUAUUUUCAUCCCAGAUAUGCUGCAAGCGGUCGCAGGAAUAAGCUUGCACGACCAGAAGGAUUUACCUGAAAAACUAUGCGACGGAUGCUUAGUAAAUUUACAAACUGCUUACGGUAUUAGGCAACAGUUUGUUGAGGCGGAUUCGAUCCUUAGCGAAAUGGUUCAGAACGGGGACGUUCCAUUGGUUGUCAGUUUGCAAUCGCAGCAAAGUAAACCGUUCGUUGGAAGGACUAUUCCAGAGCCGAACGAUUUUUCAAAUGGAGAACGAGGAUACGAAUCACGCCAAUCCGACAUCGAGAAAGAAACUAAACUUGAUCCUAAUAAAUGCUACAUUUGCUCAGAGAUUUUCGAUAACCAGGAAGCCCUAAAUAUACACAUUCCAUCGCACGUGGAUAUGAUUCCUUACAGCUGUGAAUUGUGUGCUGAAAAUAACGGGCCCCGAAAAAUCAUGAAAUCGCUUGCUACGCUCCAUAGACACUUCCGAAUGCAUGCCGGUACAAUCAGCUGUCCGAAGUGUCCGUUCCAGCUGUGUACCGUCACCGGGCUGUACAACCACAUGCAGCGGUAUCACAGCAAAGGUUCCGAUGCGGGAUAUGUUUGUGAAAUUUGCGGUAGUAAAAUGUCCAACCGACAAGAUCUCAAGUUCCAUUUAAGAUCUCACAGAGCACUGGAAGAUGGACGAUUUACAUGUCGUUUUUGCGACAAAAAAUUGACGACAAAAAGCAGCUUAGUUCAACAUGAGCGUGGUCACACCAAUGAAAAGCCGUUCAAGUGUAAAUACUGCGAAAAAUGCUUCAACAGUGAGUCCCAUCGGUACACUCACGAAAGAAUGCAUACCGGAGAGAAGGGAUAUCGUUGCGAACAUUGCAGCAACUGUUACCGUACCAGUAAUGCCCUGAGACAGCACCAACUUACCAUGCAUGCAAACAUGGCUUCGGUAAAACCUCGAAGCCCGCAAAAAAGGUUGUAUUCGCAGGGGCCAGUGAAAUGCAACGUGGAAGGGUGCAACUUCGUUACUAACAAUCGAGCGACCUAUUAUAGCCACAGGAAUAGACAUGCAAUGAAGCAUCACUGUGAACACUGCUCGGAACGGUUUGCUAUUAAAGAAAGUCUGCUGCAGCAUAUGUACAAGCACACCGGGGUCAAACCUUUCAGCUGCGGGUUGUGCGGUAAAGGUUUUCUGUUCAAGAACAGUUUAAAUGAGCACCUGGACCUGCACAGCGAUGUUCGACCGUACAAAUGCGAAAUAUGCGAGAUGGGUUUCGUUCGCGAACGAACCUUGAGAAAACAUCGGUUGAGGCACACCGUUAAGAAAAACUAUCAAUGUCGCUUCUGCGUGAUGCAGUUUAAAUACGAAGGGACCCUAACGAAACAUGAACGUUCUCACGCCGGAACGGUGCCGAAAUCAGACCAGGAGGAAUGUUUGGAGGCUACAAAAACUUUAAUCGUGGACGGUAUCAACUGCUGGGUUGAGGAAGAUAGCCAAUAAAUUGGCAUAAGUUUAGUUGAGUUGGUAGUUUCCUUUUUUGU